GGCCAGGCUUUAGCGGAAGCCCUUGUGUGGCCCCCCUCCCUCCCACCCUCCCGACCAUGCAGACCUGCUACAACUGCGGGUGUCAGGAGAUGGCCAUCAAGCGGCUUGGGGGGCUGCAGGAGGGGCAGCGGCCCUGGUCGGUCAAAGUCUGCAACGACUGCUUGACGACCUGGAACCGCGACGUCUCCGCCGCCAACGUGAUCCGUGUGCUCCUCCUGCUGAAGCUGAUGGGCUUCGAGCGGCCGACCAAGCUGCAGCGGCCGCCAUGGCCGCCGCCGGCGGCGGGGCCGGGCUGAGAGCCUGAACGGCGCUAGCAGGGCGUGGGGCUGAGGGUGCACGUGUUGAUUGGCGGCGAGUGACGUGACUAGUUUGUUAGCUGCGGGUUAGCACGGACUGUGCACCCCACCCAACCGGCCAUGUCCGGAUUUGCGGGGAUGCCAAAGGCCCCCAAAAUAGAGGCGUGUGCUUAGUAGGCGCCCGCGUCAAGGUGGCCCCGGGAUCAGCCCUUUUCCUGCCAUAAGGCAGCCACCUCCUUGUUCCGUCGGGGGCUCUAGGCUCCCCAGGGAGCUCCCCUUCGUGCUGACGGCCAUACUAUGGCAAUGCUGUUUUAGGCGAUGUUCCAGGCCAGGCCUGGGUACCCGGCGUCGUGCCCGGCGUUAGGCCCCCUCACUCCUCAAGCAGCCGCUACUGGUCUCAGUGGAGCACGUCGAUAAGUGGAGCGGUGGGGCUCUGGCGGGCUGAGGCUUGGCUAGGACUUACUGUGCGCGGAGUCACACGGACUUUGACCGCGGGAGGGUUUGCAGCAAAGUCGGGGUUGGUGGAGUCAAGUUGGGCCCUGGUAGCAUGUGAUGGCUCGGCGUCUUCGGGUGCUGGGACUGUCCCCAGGGGGGGGUAGAAAGCUCAGAUUCUUACCCCAUGCUCAAAAUUACAGAGCUUUAGGAGAGCAUUAUGCACGUACUUUUAGUUUUUUAAGGGGGUGAGGAAGUUCUGGGCCGCCAAAGUUGGGGGGUCGGUCCUCGUCCCUGGGGGUCCGUCGGGUUUCGGGAGCCCAUCCUGGCGGAUUUCGGAAAGCGCCCCACAAGCAGAACUAGGGGCCAAACGCUGCAGUACGAGGCUCAUAUGUGCACGUUAUGACGUAAUAAGCACAAACAAAGCGUGGGAGGGCUAAGUUGCGCGUUUGGGCGUGGACAUGUCGGGACAUGUCUCCACAUUCAACACAUGCGCACUGACACAGCUGGGCUCUGAAGCGCUGGUGCGCACGAGUUCACGUCUAACAAGGCUGCCGAUGCACAUUGUCCAUUCGUCACGCGGCAGAGAGUUGAGCGCGGGGUGGUCUGGGUCGAGGGGAUUUCCAUGGAUAGGAUCCCGCCGGUGACCGAAGUCUUAGAACAGGACCGCUGAUGACACGGAGUGAUAGUGCUCGUCAAGAGGAGUCGAUUGACACCACUUUUAUAUUAAAUG